GUCACCACAGCAGUCCUUGGGAGAAGAUCUCGAGGACUUCCUAAUCUUUCUGGACCAUCUCUGGGGGGAGACAAGGGGCACCCCGGAGAAUCUAGCGGAGAAGGAAUUCGCAGUAAAACAAAGGCCGCAGUCGACAUGACCGGGAAAGAGGGAGACAGAUACGUUGGGUUGGAUACAGCAGAGGACGGAGGCCUUUCUCCAAACGGGAAGCAACAGCUGGGCUUUCUUCUUUGUCAGUAGCACCUCCAUGAUCUUAAUUCUUGUUACAGGUCGUACGCAACCUGUUUAGCAUCACUUUCCUGAUCUAACAAUACUGCAAAUGCAGAUGUUGCCCCUUCAUAAAGCAUAAGAGAGAAACCUUACCAGCGCCACACAAACUUUGUUCUUAUAUGCACUGAUUAAAGAAGCGUGAAUCCAUGUAUGUGAAGGAAGAAGGAUGAGCUAUACGUUCGUGAAUUCUCCCACUUCCACCAUUACUCGGGCCAUUCUGGUCCUCUUCGAUGGCUGGCUCCACCCGUAUCGUAACCCCACAAGGAGGCUUAUAAGAAGAGGCCCUUUCCCAUAUCGAUCUACUGCCACCGGAGAAACCUUCCACGCUCUGCGAUCCUCCCUGAGAUGGCGUCCGGCUCGAUGAGUUCCUCAUGGACCGCAAAGGAGAACAAGACGUUCGAGAAGGCGCUCGCGGUUUACGACAAGGACACGCCCGAUCGCUGGCACAAGAUCGCCCGCGCCGUUGGAGGGAAGACGGCCGAAGAGGUGAAGCGCCAUUACGAACUGCUCGUGGAGGACGUACGGCGCAUCGAGGCAGGCCAAAUGCCUUAUUACAGGCCCUCCAACAACAGAGGUUGAAACAUUUGAAACUCAACUGGGGGCACAGACUAUAAGGCAGCAGCUAUGUAUAUGUGAAGUGUGUUGGGUUAAUCUCCUUGCUAGAUCUCAUAUGGCACUAUGUGAAGAUUAUGUGUCUUUGAUCUCAGCAGCAGUCUCUCUCGUGUAUAAGCUUCAUUCCCCUUUUUAUCAUGUGUUGUAGAUGAAGACUACCAUUACAGACAUAUCUGGCUAGCCUUCUGUAAUUGGUAAGCUUGUUUGCUAUAUAUAUCAGAUGAAAUCCCAACACAACUUGAAGA